AAUUUUCACGAUUUUCCUUUCUAUGUUAGCUUUACGCAUUCCCAAAUUGUUAUGUAGCUUUUAAUUCGUAUUCAAAUUGAUGUUAUUAGUGAACAGUUGUUAAGAUGGAUAAACCUGAGCAGUUGGAAGCAGUGAUAAAUUCGCAGAAGGAACAAUUACUUCGCUAUGAAAAAAGACUCAAAGAUGUAGUAACUGCUUACAAAGGAUUGCUCAAGGAAAAAACCGCCCUAGAAGCGAGCCUCGAGGCCUUUACCAUCGGCGAUAAAAACAGCAAUGGAACUGCUGAAACUCCGAAAACCGACAGUAAUUCAGCAAAGGCUCCCCCAAAGUCAGGCGUAGACGUCGGAAAUGAGGUGACGAGAGAUCUCCGAGAACAGAUUGCCACGCUGAUGAAUUCCCUAGCUACGCUGACUGCUGAGAAAAGUCGUAUGGAAAGCUCAUUCAAAAACGAUCGGAAACAGUUGCGGGAAAGCAUAGCAGAAAAAGAAGCCGCUGUUCGUGAUCUGGAGGAACAAGUGAAGGGUUUAAACUAUACAAUUAAAACCGAUCUGGAAUCCUGUAAGGCCAAAUUGAAACAUGACCGAGAGGAGGAACUGAAUGGCAACUUGCUGAUGAUAUGUGAGCUGCAAAAACAGUUGCAGGACGAGAGACAUCUAAACGAAACGCUCGAGAUGCAGCUGCGGGAUUUAAAAAUUCAAUUCAACCAGAAACAUUCCGAUCGACGCGUAAGUGAGAUGCCGCAGGCAUCCGAGCUGGCUAAGCAAAGCUCCGAACAGUUGGAGAGUUCGAAAAAAGAAAAUGCUGCCCUCUCCAGCAUGCUUCAGCAAUUUCAAGGUGAAAUUGAUAAUCUGAAGCGGCAGCAUGCUGCAGCUAUCCGCAGCGAACAGCGCAGGGCGCUUACGGCAGAGGAACGUAGCAAGAAACUCGAACAGGUCCACGAAGAACGAGUUGCCAGUUUGGAGGCCCGAUUGGCUGAGCUUAGCGCGGUAGUUGGGACGUACGAUCGGUUGAGACAACAGGAUCAGGAUAAUAUUUCCAAAUUAAAAGAAAAGCUGUCGAAACUAAGCCUUGACAGUACACUAACCAGACGCGUUAGUCAGGAAAGUAACGUUGAACGAAUUGUUGAGGAAAUAAGUUAUUUGAAAAAAAUGUUACUAUCGGAAAAUGACAAACUACAGAAACCUUUGGACCUGUCGACGCUUUUUACUAUCCACUCGAUGGUAGAGGAAGAUAUUCAACAGCAGACAACUGAGUUGGAAGACUAUCGCAACCUACAGCGGAGCUACAAACAAUGUUUGAAGGACAACGAUGCUCUGAAAGCUGCUAUCCAAACACACCAGACUAACACUAAAACUCUUCAGGAGAAGAUUAAGGUACUGAAUAAGAACAUCGAUGAUCUGGAGGUAGAAUACAAGAAUAAACUAAUUGAACAUAACAGUGCUAUGAAGGGGGAAAAGAUUCGCACGCAGGAAAUAAUCACAGCUCUAGAGUCAGAUUUUAAAUCAAAACUGUCCCAGCUGGAAAUGCAGCUGAAGAAACAGAGGGAACGAUCGCUGCAGCUGCUAGAGGAGAAAGAAGAGGAAAUUAAAUCUCUACGAACCUCCUUCGACAUACUAAUGCACGACAGCAAUGCGGAGCGAGAAAAACGAACCGGAAGUGACACCGAAACCGGUCAGCCGUUUGAAAACUUUCCGAUAGCGAUGUCGAAAAAAAUCAAUGCCCUGAAUUCGGUGUUUAACCACCGCACGACCGAAUCGACCGGUCAGUAUAACGCGGAAGCUCAUCACAUUUUACACUAUGCGCACGAGUUGGCUCGUAAGGAGAUCGAAAUAACCGCUUUGCGGACAUCGAAAAACAACGCCGAGGCAGCCCUGCGGCAAGCUUUGCACGAUAAAGUAGCUUCGCAGGAAGAGCUGCACGAUCGCAUCGCUCACCUGGAGGAACAGAUAGAUCGAUUGGAACGCUGCAAAUCUCGAGAGGGUGCCAAUCUAGAAUAUCUCAAGAAUGUAGUGCUAAGUUUUUUAACAUCCCAGGACGCCGACGGCAAGAAACACAUGAUAAAUGCAAUCGCCGCGGUGCUGAAGUUUAGUGACGUUGAACUGGCGUCCGUUAACGGGCUCGACGGUACUAGAAAGUGAAAUUUGCAGACUAAACUAAAUUAUUGUGGUGUUGUAGUUUGAAGGUAUUAUCCCAGUCUGGUAAUGCGGUUAUUUAGAAUAAAAUGUACCUAUCUGUUCCGUACUUGAAUUCAAGAAUACUAUUAGU